GAUUCAAGCAUAAACAAACUGUUUCAAGUAUUUAUUCAUCACUGAUAUGUAUCUUUAUGUAUUUCAAUGACGAAAUUUGAAACUAGAGGAUCGUUUGACGUGUUAUUGAGUAGGUGGCGUUAUACUCAAUUGUUCAUUUUUUUCUCUACCCCGAAGAGGAGCUGACGUGAGUAAAACCUUUAAAUUAACUUUGUCACCACGAUGUAAACAAUAACGCUUUCUUAUCUUGCAAAGAAAAAUAUUCAAAAUGAAAGAUAAAAUGGAUGAAGUUAAUAACAGAAGAAACAAGAAGCCAACUUGGAAAGAAAAAUGGUUAUACUUUCUAAAUCUAUUAGAAAACGUUCUGUUAACGGGUGUGCCUCAAAUAGUGACAGAAAGAAAUACGAGGAGGAAAACUUUUAGAACGUGUGUGUUCUUUCUGUGUUUAACUGGUUUCUUCUAUCAUUUAAUUUCUUUUAUAAUGCUUUAUUUAACAUAUCCGACAACUUUGGAAGUUUUGGUAAAGUAUCAAAAUGAAUCUACUCUUCCCAGACCUUUGGUGACUGUCUGCGAUAUCAAUGGGAUCCGUCGCUCAUCGUAUUGUGAAGCGUUUCCGGAUAAUUGUGAAAAAGUUGAAGACCCUGAUGAUGUUAAAGCACUCUGUAAACAUUUUGAAUAUUUUUGUAAAAAUGAAAGUUCCGUAGGAGAUGACCUAAUGUUUCCAACAUAUGAGACUUUUAUAUUCUCUGAUUUUGAUCGAAAUGUUGUCGAGGAGUAUGGAGUCCGAAAAGAGGAUAUACUUAACAUAUACAGCAAUGAAACAAAUCACAUUAUUUUUGGAAACGAAUUUGGAAAAUUGAGGAAUUGUUAUUCCGUCGAUUUACACAAAUUCGACACAACAAAUUCUUUAGAAGAUUCUCGUCAUAGAUUUUAUGAAAUGCACAUGAUACAGGGAACAACGAUAGGAAAUUUGAUUAUUACAUUUAAUCCGGAAGAAUCGUUUUUACCGAAUGUCCCUAUUGGUGCUAAAAUUUCAAUUCAUUCUCACCAUCAACUUAUUAAUCCUUUUGUCGAUGGAUUUCUAGUUAAACCAGGAAUGAGAUACGUCGUUCAAUUAAAGGCCAUAGAAGAGAAUCUAUUAGCUUCUCCUUACAGUACGAACUGCACGAUUUACGAAGUACCAGAAGGGAAGGAACAGACUGAAAAUAAUCACGAACGUUGUUUAAUUGAGUGUAAAAAAGAAAAAUGGAUAAAAGAAUGUGGAUGCGUAAGUGGAGAAUAUGCUUAUCAUUUCGAUGGAAAAUUCUGUUUAAAUCAAUCUGAAGUUAAUUGUAUUACUAAUGCGGCUGUUUAUGAUUGCUAUGACAAAUGUAAAGUUAGUUGUAAAUCUAUGUUUUUUGAAUACGAAAUAGACGAAGUUCCAUUAGAAAAUAAAGAAUUGUUAUUACUGAUGCUUGAGGAACUGAAUGUUUCUGAUUUUAACAAGUAUAAGCCCGAAAAGUAAGAAUUUAGUAUAGAAAUUAAAGUAUUGUCAUUUAAUAUAAAUUAUAACUUUUCGUGUUUUAUUUAAGAGUUUGGUUUUCCUCUAUAAAUUUUUUCUUCAAACGACCAGAACUUUUGAUAUACAAAUAUAAACCUCAAUUCGAACUGAUCGAGUUGUUCAGUUAUAUAGGUGGUUACAUAGGUAUAUGGCUCGGAAUAUCUCUGAUUGCUGUUUGCGAUUUUAUAGAAACACUGUUUACUUAUUUUUACCAUAUUUCAAAGGGGAAAAUCCCUACUAAAAAUAAAUCAAAUAGAAAUUCUCU